GUUAACGCCACGAAUACGCAAAUCCAAACCCUUUCGUGGAGCUCUGUCUUGAAGACUUGAUCUUUACUUUCCUUCUUAGUAGAGAGUAGUACUCCUCGCUGAGAGAUUCAGAGCCCCCCAUAAACCGUUUAGCGAGUCAAAACCUCAAAACCUCGAUCUUGAUUUGGCUCUCGGCUCCGCCAUAAUGACUGACUCCUCGGCCGCCGAUGACUCCAAGCAUAUCGAGGAGCUCUACCAGUACGUCGAGCUUCUCAAUGAGUCCACGGACAAGUCCCAGAAUGUGAAGGAGUACCAGGGUAUCAUCGACACGGCCAAGUCCAGCAUCAAGGCCAAGCAAUUGGCCGCCCAGUUCAUCCCCAGGUUCUUCAAGUUCUUCCCCACUCUCUCCGGCCCCGCAAUCGACACCCAUCUCGAUUUGAUCGAAGAAGAAGAGCUCGGGGUCCGGGUGCAAGCAAUUAGGGGACUUCCGCUUUUCUGCAAGGAUACACCAGAACAUAUUGCAAAGAUAGUAGACAUUCUUGUGCAACUCCUUGCAUCCGAGGAAUUUGUGGAGCGUGAUGCCGUGCAUAAAGCCCUCAUGUCCCUGUUAACGCAGGAUGUGAAAGCUUCUUUGACGGCCUUAUUUAAGCACAUUGGGAGUGUCGAUGAACCUAGUACAGAUGAAAUUAUUCGCGAGAAAGUUCUAAGCUUUAUAAGAGACAAGGUUUUUCCAAUUAAAGCUGAAUUGUUGAAGCCUCGGGAAGAAAUAGAAAGACAUAUAACCGAUUUGAUAAAAAAGAGUUUAGAAGAUGUAACUGGAGCAGAGUUCAGGAUGUUCAUGGACUUCUUGAAGAAUUUAAGCAUUUUUGGAGAACAAGCUCCCCUGGAACGCAUGAAAGAACUUAUUGGAAUUGUUGAAGGACAGGCUGAUUUAGAUGCCCAGUUCAAUGUUUCAGAUGCAGACCAUAUUGACAGGUUGAUAUCAUGCCUGUACAUGGCGCUUCCAUUUGUUGUGAGGGGUGCUUCAAGCAGCAAGUUUCUUAACUAUUUGAACAAACAUAUUAUACCUGUAUUUGAUAAGCUUCCUGAGGAGCGAAAGCUAGAUAUGCUCAAAGCUCUUGCAGAAAUUUCUCCUUACACAACACCGCAGGAUUCCCGGCAGAUUCUUGCCAAUGUUGUUCAGCUAUUAAAGAAUUACAUGCCCCGGAGGAAGACUGGAGAAGAGAUGAACUUUACUUAUGUUGAGUGCUUGUUGUACACAUUUCACCAUCUAGCUCACAAGGUUCCCAAUGCAACUAACAGUCUAUGUGGUUACAAGAUAGUGACUGGCCAACCGUCAGAUAGGCUUGGGGAGGACUUUUCAGAGUAUUAUAAGGAGUUCACUGAAAGGUUGAGUAAUGUCGAGGAGUUAACCAGAGCUACCAUGAAGAAAUUAACUCAGGGAAUGGCUGGGCACAACAAAGCUAUGGCUGCUGCGAAAUCUGAUGAAGCAAAAGAAAGCAUUAAAACUCAAAAGCAGAAUACUACCACUGGGUUGCGAACGUGUAAUAACAUCUUGGCAAUGACAAAGCCAUUGCAUUCAAAAACACCUUCAUUUAUCGGAGAUAAAAGUAUCAACUUAUCUUGGAAAGAAGCAACCAAACCUCCUGUUCCCGCUGCCACAGCUACAACUGGAGGAAAACGACCUGCUACUGCUGCUAAUGGAGCCAGCAAUGUGACAUCUAAAAAGGGCCGUGGAGCUGGUGGUUUGCAAAAUCAGCUGGUUAAUAGGGCAUUGGAAGGUUUAUCUCAUGGUGGAAGAAGCGGUGGGACUAGGGGCAGAGGCAGGGGAUGGGGGUGGACAGGACGUGGAAGAGGAAGAGGCAACCGGUAGGCUUGGUAUGUGCCAGGCAUGAAUGGACAAAUUCAAUGCCUACCGGAAGUAUAUGACUAGAAGCAAUUUUAUUCAAGUUCUUCUCUGUUGGAGCUAGAUUUGAUUCAUGGUGGAAGCUGAUGAGUUUCUAGAUUCGAUUAUGGUCUAACAGUAGGAAUCAUAUGCCUAUGGAGCUUGUCCAGUAGUUUUCGUGCCUUGAGUUGUUGAUCAUUUCUAAUUCCACUGAUGAUUCAGGAAUCUCUCAUCUGUGCAUGCCCGUCACUUCGUGUAUGCGCGAGUUUGUAUUUUAAUGGCAGUAAACUUGCACUCAGAGGAAUGAUUUUAUAAUUCAGACGAGUUGUAGAAUGUAAUUAUGUUUGGUUGAAUGAAAACUUAACGAUUAUGCACUCGAAA